AUGUACGAUCCAGAUGCAUACAAUUCUCUCCCCACACUCUCCGUCGGAGCCCAGAACUUUCAGGACAAGGGCGCAAGGAACGUCCUCCUCAGUGACAUCCGAGACCUCUUUCUCCGUCGAGGGGUUCACGAACGCUACGGAAUUGCUCUCUUGCACCGACACUUCCCAAUCACGGCCACCCAGCGCCUGGUCGACUACCGAAACGUCUCAGCGCCCUGGGAGGUAGGCGGAAAUGCCGAUCCCAUCGUACCGAAGUACCAGGGCGCAAUAGUGCCGCGCUCCUACCGUCUCUUCCGAGACAGCUUCAUGCCAUAUGAGUUCGACUUUGCCGAGGAUGAGGAAUCCUCACACCCGGUCCUUCAGGGUACUAGGGACGCAGAAUUUCUGAUGGAACUCUCUGCCUUGCUGGAGGAGCAUGGGUUGGAGGAUGUUCUCGGGCUUCGAACCCUGGACGGUCGCGAUCCCGAGCUCUCUGUAGAGGUCACUGAGGGUAGGGCAAACAUUAUGCUGCCGCGCAAGGCAUUCGGGCCUGAAAGUCUCAUUGAAGCGUUGUGGGUGUUUGGUCCCGAACUUGUUGAUGCUUGCCACUGGGUGUCUGACCCAUUCCAGAAAGGUGAACUGAGAGGCAUCUGGGCUCAGCAACGUUAG